ACUACGCAAUUAAAUUGGGAAAUUCCCGCGAAAAGACAUUUGUGAGCCAAUCCAGUUAUACCAUUCUGAGCCAGAGGCUACCAUCUUAGAUUGUCGGUUGCUUAUCUGAAUGAAGUAUCAUUUUAUGAUGUUCAACUGUGGAAUACUGUUACUUCUUCUGUUUAAGAUAGCCGGUGGUCAGGAAGACGAAUAUUACAUCAAUGUGGAAGCUAAGUGUCCCGAGUCGAUAUUGAACCCACCUGCAGUGAUAACGGUCACGGCUGAUUUACCAAGCUCUAAACCAUUUGCUGUAUGCGCCAAUGGGGAAUUCCUUUUUACUAUGGAUAACUUUGGAUCUUAUUCAUUAUCAGUGGUUUUUGACACCAAUGCAACAAUAACGUGUGCUUUCUAUCAAAGGUCGUUAGCAGCAGACGUUUAUUCUGUCAGUGUAUACAUUCCACUAUCUGAACGUGUUAUAACCAUCGACAUUCCCGAAAAGAUAGUCACGUGUAUUUAUGACCCAAUCGGCGACAAGGAAACGAGUGUGCAGCAGCUUGAGGAAAGUAAGGUCCCAGUAAAACAGAUUGAACAGCAUUUGGCGGAAACCAGUCAAUCUACAAUAAAUAUCUGUGUGGCGGAUCUCAAUAAUAACUGUAUUACGGGAAAUAUCCUGAUUGGUAAAAUUGUAAAAUUAAAAGCCGUUCUUGUUGGUAACUCUUCAGAUGAGCAGGGUUUUCAGACAUUGUCAUGUAGUGCUACAGGAACAGCAUACAAAUAUCCGAUAUUAACCGCUGGAUGUGGACAAGGGAGCUUGUUUAAAUCGGAUGCAGGCUUUAUAACAACUGGUAAAGUUGCUUUAAGCCCUGUAUUUGAAAUGUUCCGUACUGCUGGUGGGAAUACAAUGACAUAUGAUUGCUCAUUUGUGGUCUGUCGGACACCGUGUGAUGGAAGUUCGUGUACAAUCAAAUCUACUAGAAAGAAGAGAGACACAUAUGCCGUGAGAGAGCCUCACUAUUCGGAAACAAUAUACAUUCCUAAGGACAAAGUUUUAGAAGCGAAACCCUAUUUAGAUGGAGAUACUUUACAGGCUUUAGAAAUACAGGCUUUAGAACAGCAAGAUGGUUAUAUUAAAGAUGAAUUACCGGGUAAUCCAGACAAUGAUCAUAUUGUAAAGAAAGGUUACCAGGAACCUGGAUUUAAAGAGGACGAGAAGGUACCAGAGCAAAAGGAUGUUAGACGUCCAACUAAGAAAAUACUAUCAGAAGAAUCCAUUUGGUCAAAAGAAAUCAUAGUUAUUUUAAUGUUAGCUUUCUUGAUCAUGUUGUUUAUGGCAAUCACUGUCAAAGUUCUGUUAGCUCUAAAUAGAUCCAUGGUGUACGUGCAGAAUGAGCUAGCACGAAAAGAAACUCUGCCACAAUUGAAAUUAAUUUCAUAAGGAGCUUUUGAAUUAAAGCGUAGAUGGUGCAAA